CUGUUUUCGUCUCUAGUGACCAGAGAAUAGAGAAUAAUUCCCCUCACUUGUUUUCUGUUUGUAAUUAACACGAUUUAAAUUGAAUUUGCGACAUCAUUGGUUGUUUUGGGAUUAUUAUUCACUAGUGACUGGUCGCGAGAAGAGCGCGAAGGCAGGCGGAAUGGGAAAGGUAAAAACCAGAAGUGAAAAAACACAAAGUAAGAGCGCAAGAAACACCUCCCGCUGCACAGCCAUGGCCACCAAGAAGAACGCCAAAAUCAACCUCAAACCCAAAGAUGGUGCUAAGGUCCAGGCGCCGACCAAGAACCGAAAGAAGGCGGAGUCUGAGUCCAGCAGCAGCACAUUCUUCACGUGGUUUAUAGUUCUCGCUCUACUGGGUGUGUGGACGUCCAUAGCGGUGGUCUACUUCAACCUGGUGGACUACCAGGGAGUUCUCGGGAAGCUGGCAGCAUACGACAAGGACGGGGAUGGUGACUUUGACCUUGAGGACGCCAAAAUUCUGCUUGGACUGAACCAGAAAUCCGUUGAGGCUGACGUGGCUUUCCAUGACUUUGCUGCCCCGGUGGUGAUGUCUGAGCCUGAACCUUCAGACGAGGAACUGGACCAGGAACCUGUGGACCUGACUUCCCACGAUGAUGAAGAUGCUGCUGCUGACGAAGAUGAUGAAAUGGAGACGCCUGAUCCGGAACCUUCAUCUGAGGAUGUUGAGGAGCCUGACCCUGUGCCUGUGGAAGAUGACUGGGAAGCAGUGGACAUGGACUCACUCAGAACAGAUGCUGUGCCUGAGGACUCGGCAGAAGCUGACAUGGACGACUCGUUACCCGAGCAAGAAGCUGACCAUGAACACAUACAGGAAGCUGAAGACCCCACUGAGAUACUUGAGGAGGAUCCUGAGGUCCUAGAGGAGGAACUUCCUGCUGCCCAACAGGCGUCUCCGGAUCGGGAGACGGACGCGGCGGACUUGAAGGCAGCGCUGGAGGAUCUGGCAGACCAAGAACCGGCCACGGAACACGUCGUCGUCGUCGAUGUUGCGUCGGAUGACGCUACUGAGGACUGGGCGGAGGCCGUGGACGUUGUCACGGAGUCCGAGGACCACGAGGAACGCGCCGCGGAGCAUGGAGACCGAGGUGAGGAGAUCCUGGAGGACACGGACCACGAGGAGCAUGCUGCUGAGAUUGGAGACCAAGGUGAGGAGAUCCUGGAGGACCAGGACCAUGAGGAGCAUGCUGGUGAGAUAGGAGACCAAGGUGAGGAGAUCCUGGAGGACCAGGACCAUGAGGAGCAUGCUGGUGAGGAGAUCCUGGAGGACAUGGACCAUGAGGAGCAUGCUGCUGAGAAUGGAGACCAAGGUGAGGAGGACCUGGACCAUGAUGAGCAUGCUGCUGAGAAUGGAGACCAAGGUAAGGAAAUCCUGGAGGACACUGAGGCAGAGGAUCCAGCAGCAGAAUGGUCGUACGACAAAGUUGAGGAGCCCGCUGAAGAAGAAGAAGAAGAGGUUGAUCACUUAGAAGAGGCCGAAGAAAAUAGAAUGGGAGACGCAGCAGAAGAACCGGAGGACAGUUUUUAUGAUUCCAUGGAAGCACACAGAGAAAAUGAGGAGGAGGAGCUUGCAACCUUUGAAGCAGAUGAAGAGGAGGUGCAGCCAGAAGUGGAAGAACUAGCGCAAGAAAAGGAGCCGGGUCCCUCGGACCUGGAUGUGGACGUGGACGAGGAGGCAGAAGACAUCUCUGCCUCUGCAGAGCGCAGUGAACAAUAAGAUGUUGUGAUCCAUCACCUGUAACACUAGUAGAGCUCCUGACCUCACUAUUUGUCUUUUAAUGUGAAAAGGCAGACGCUCCCGUCUGUAACUUAUUGUUUUAGAGAUAUUUAUUAACAACACCCGUCUGUGGAGACAAAUGAGAAAAUAUGCAAAACCACCUGACUGUUUUUUUUUUUUUUUUUGUGUGUGUGUGUUCCCUAUCAUUUUGAAUUCAUCUUAAGUUUAGUUUUGUGUUUGUACGUUUUUUUGGCGCUAGGGACCAUUGUUGAAUAAAUUGUUGUUGUGAUCCA